UACUGUAGUAAGCAACACUGAAGUAAACAAACAGAAUGUAUACAAACACGUAUGUAUGUACCUAAAAAGACUUGAAGUACUUGCAGCGAGAUAGGUUUUUAGAACUGCGAUUUAUUUAAAGAUUAAAACAAAAAGUAGCAAUGGACGACGAAAGAUUAAUAAUAUUAGUACAGGCGCAUAAAGAGCUUUACGACAAAAGCAGCCCUCUUUAUAAAUUAAAAGAGAGGAAGAAAUUGGUGUGGGAACAUAUCGCAAGGGAACUGCAUACCACUGGAGAUAUAUGCCUGCAAAGGUGGCUAGCGCUCCGUGACCGAUAUGGGAGGGAAAUGCGUAAAACUACUUCCGCGUCAGGGAGUGGAGCACAAUACUAUAAACCACGGUAUUUGUUGGAAAUGCUGCAGUUUUUGAAACCACACGUUGUUCCUCUACCAUUGCGUUGCUCUCAAAACAUUUGUAAGGUACCGCUACCGUCCCAAUCGAUUUUGACUGUGACUCCAUCCUACUCAUCCCCGCACACUUCUGUCGUUGUAAAUCCACCAUCGCUACAAAUGUCGCCAUCACUGCCAGUCGAAGUAGCCUUAUCAUCGCCAUUAUCUCCAACACCUGAAGCUUCGCCCUCCCCAUCGCCUUCAAUAAAUGCGGAUUUACUAUCGCCCCAAACUAAUGAAGCUUUGCCCACGCCGUCUCCUCCAAACUCAUCAUUGCUUUGUUCCUCUUCUUCAUCGCUCUUCACGUCGGUUCAGUCGUCUUCACCAUCUCCAUCACAAUUACCAUCUACCUCUACAGUGUCGCCAUCACCAGCCCAACGCUCAAAAAGAAGAAAAAGAAGUGAAGGUGAUGUCGACGUCGGUAAAGCAAUGUGCGAUGCAAUAGAGCUUUUUAAAAAAAGGUGCUUAGAAAACGAAGAUCAAAAUGCGAAUCCAGCCUUGAGGUCAUUUGGAAAUAUGAUUGUUUCCAUGUUGGAAAAAGUGAAUGCUGCAAAACAAUCGAGGGCAAUGCAGAGAAUAAUGGAAGUGGCCAUCGAAGUACAGCAGGAGCCCUAA